UGCCUGCAGAGCGCGGAGCGGCGGUUGCACAGAGAGAGGCUGCACAGGCAGAGGCUGCAGGGCGGACGCACGGCCCGGCGCAGCCAUGGUGAAGAUUAGCUUCCAGCCCGCCGUUGCCGGCAUCAAGGGCGACAAGGCCGACAAGGCUUCGGCCUCGGCCUCGGCCCCGGCGCCCCCCGCGGCCGCUGAGAUUCUGCUGACGCCGGCUCGGGAGGAGCGGCCCCCCCAUCACCGCUACAAGAAGGGGGCCUCCGUGGGCGGUGUCUGCUACCUGUCGAUGGGCAUGGUCGUGCUGCUCAUGGGCCUUGUGUUCGCCUCUGUCUACAUCUACAGAUAUUUCUUCCUGGCUCAGCUGGCCCGAGACAACUUCUUCCACUGCGGCGUCCACUACGAGGACUCCCUGUCCUCCCAGGUCCGCACCCGGAUGGAGCUGGAGGAGGACGUAAAGAUCUACCUCGAAGAGAACUACGAGCGCAUCAACGUGCCCGUGCCCCAGUUUGGCGGCGGCGACCCUGCAGACAUCAUCCACGACUUCCAGCGGGGUCUCACUGCCUACCAUGACAUCUCCCUGGACAAAUGCUAUGUCAUCGAGCUCAACACCACCAUCGUGCUGCCCCCUCGCAACUUCUGGGAGCUCCUCAUGAAUGUGAAGAGAGGGACCUACCUCCCGCAGACAUACAUCAUCCAGGAGGAGAUGGUGGUCACGGAGCAUGUCAGCGACAAGGAGGCCCUGGGCUCCUUCAUCUACCACCUGUGCAGCGGGAAGGACACCUACCGGCUGCGGCGCCGGGCUACCCGGAGGCGGAUCAACAAGCGUGGGGCCAAGAACUGUAAUGCCAUCCGCCACUUCGAGAACACCUUUGUGGUGGAGACGCUCAUCUGCGGGGUGGUGUGAAGACCCCUCCUCCAGGCCCCGGCCCUGUACCCCUCCUCUUCCGGCCACUCUCUGGCCCUCCUUCCCCUCGCUUCGCUUGUACCCUGGAUGCCUUUCCAUAGAUGUGACGUGUCUCCGUUCCUCUCCGGCCCCACCCACCUCCCUGUACCAGAGCCGUGACCUCUCCGGGCCCCCACCCCUGCUGACCUCCUGGGUCUGGGGAUGGAGGGGGCGCCCUAAGAUGGUUUCUGAGACCACCAUCUUGAAGUUGGGUCCUCUGGGCCCGGUCCACAGCUGCACUGGCAGCCCUGGGGAAGGACUGGACAGAGGAGCCAGGCAUUCUAGGGGGGCCCUGGGCAAGGGGAUGGGGCGGGAGAGGGGUGUGGAGUUGGGUUCAGAAAUGUCUGCACAGUCGGGAAAGUCCCAAAAGGCUUUUUCCUUGGGUGGCAUACUUCCUCCUGUGUCCAGAUUCCCAGGCCUGGGCUGAGGAUGGGCAGGAUGUGCCCGGGGUUGACCCACCCAGAGCACAAGGGAAGGCUGCUGUCCUGGGGUCUCCCCAGGCCUCCUGUCAGUGCCUUCAGCCCACCUGCAGGAGCCUGGAGUGUGGGGGGUGGGGAUGAGUCUGUCAAGCACAAUCGUUCGUUGUCCCAGUGGAACCAAAGAAAGGAGGAGCCGGGGCCCCAGCCUUGGCCCCGCCAGGAGCACAAGCCGGGGCCCUGCAGCUGCGGCCACAGAGGAGGAGGCAGGGAAGGGUCUCUUCUCGCCCUCGCCCUGCAGGGGGCUGGGGGCUGAGCACUGAGCGAUGAGCAGUAGGUCCUGCUGAGGGGGUGGGGCCCAUUGCUCUCCAAGCUUAGAGCUGUUGUAAAGAUAACGUCGGGGAGGGAGAGCCACCUGGUACUUGUACACCCUGCCCCCUCUUUGUUCUGAAAUUCCGUCCCCCUCUGCUUUUGGGGGAAUGCAACAUUUUUCCUUUUCCUUCUCACUUUUGCAUGUUUUUACUGAUCGUUCAAUAUGCUAACCGUUCUCAGCCCUGAGCUUUGAAGAGGAGGGCCUCGACGCCUCCAGUCAGACUUAGGUGCUCUCUGGAGAUGAAACUCUUAAAUGCUUUGUAUAUUUUCUCAGUUAGAUCUCUUUUCAGAAGUGUCUGUAGAACAAUAAAAAUCUUUGACUUCUGA